GCUGCCUAGAUUGCAUCUCUUCAGAAGAUGCCUCCCCGAUGGCCAUUACCUUUCCAGAAUUUGUCUAACCGUAUAGUCACUCAGUACAUAUGAGACGAAUGAAGGGAUGGAAUAAACCGUUCAGGAUCCUCUUUGCAAGCUCAGUGCUUAACCUGACUGAACUGGCUGCUCUUCGGCCUGACCUUGGGAAAUUGAAAAAGAUUCUGUACUUCCACGAGAACCAAUUGGUAUAUCCUGUCAAGAAAUGUCAGGAGAGGGAUUUCCAAUAUGGAUACAACCAAAUUCUCUCAUGCCUGGUGGCGGAUGUGGUGGUAUUCAACUCGCUUUUUAAUAUGGAGUCCUUUCUCACUUCUAUUGGAAAAUUUAUGAAGCUGAUUCCUGAUCACAGACCCAAGGAUCUGGAAAGCAUCAUCAGACCCAAGUGCCAAGUAAUUUACUUUCCCAUCAGGUUUCCUGAUGUGAGCAGAUUCAUGCCCGAGCAUAAAGCAGCCCAUUUGCAGAAGAUGCUCAGCCUUAAAGGAAACGUCGCUGCCACCCGACCCGUGGCCUUUCCCUUCCGGCGGCAGCAGGGAGGCUCUGAGAAUGUGUCGGAUGAUGCUGAGUCACAGUCUGCCCCUUGUGAAGCGGCACAAGAACACCUGGGUAGCUCACUGAUGCAGGAGUCGUACUUGAAAACGCGCAACUCAUCAGAUAAUUCAAGCUCUCGUCUUGGGGACAGUAAACAAAAUCCAUGUGACAUUUUGAGUGGAGUUGGUGAUCAGCAAAGACCAUUGCACAUUGUCUGGCCUCACAGGUGGGAGCAUGAUAAAGAUCCGGAGAGUUUUUUCAAGGUAUUAAUGCAUCUUAAGGACUUGGGACUCGAUUUCCACGUAUCUGUCCUUGGAGAAACCUUCACAGAUGUCCCAGUUUUAGUAUUGCCAGAGCCUUCUUCCACUGGACAGUUGACUGUAAGGCAUUACGUGGACAGAUCUGGUUUAAAAAUUGAUAUAUUCUCAGAGUCCAGAGAGGCGUUGGGAUCGUCUGUUUUACACUGGGGCUACUUACCCAGCAGAGAUGACUAUUUCCACGUACUGUGCACGGCGGACGUUGUCAUCUCGACAGCUAAGCAUGAAUUCUUUGGAGUGGCGAUGUUGGAAGCUGUGUAUUGUGGUUGUUACCCACUGUGUCCCAAAGAUUUGGUUUAUCCCGAAAUAUUUCCAGCUGAAUAUCUGUAUUCUACACCUGAACAGCUUUCAAAAAGGCUCCAGAAUUUCUGCAAGAGACCUGAUAUUAUAAGGAAACAUCUCUAUAAGGGUGAAAUGACUCCUUUUUCUUGGGCAGCCCUACAUGGUAAAUUCAGGUCUCUGCUCACAACAGAACCCAGGGAAGAUUUGUGACAGAUGGGGCUAAGUCACAAACUUGCAGCCUAAGGCAGAAUCUGUAGAACUUUCCAGAGUGUGCCCAUAUUUACCUGAUCAGAGAGAAAAGAAAAUCUGCAGAGGAAGCUGAGCCUGGCUGCUUGUCAUAGCUGACACAGAGCCAUCUGCCACAAACCUGUGGCGGCUUCAGAUCUCCAAUCCCUGCCACCACCCCAACUCAAAUUAAAUACAGAUUCCUAGAGACGUUAUGAUGGUUACACAUGUCCUCGGCAUCACAUGGAGGAGACUGUUCAAAAAAAAAUAUGUGGCCUGUUGUAUAACCGCAUUCAUGUAACCCAUAUGUGGUGCCACAUUGAAUUUCCGGUGGAAUCCGUUUUUAUCCUUUGUACUGGAUGACAUGGUGCCUGAAUUCUUUCUUUUUGCCGCCACGAUGGCAGCCAAACUGCAGCUUCAAACGCUCGCACUUGGCUGGGUUUCUACCUAGGUUGCCAGGUUAUCAGCGGCGCCUUCGUGGGUCCUCCGAGGGCCGCAGGGCC